AUGUCGAAAGCACGCUCAAACUCGAACUCGUCGACCUCUUCCACUGGCUCAGACACCUAUGCCAACGCUUCAGUCUUCCGUUGCUCACCACACUACAAGUCUGACCAACUAGACGAUCUUUCUCACGGAUCCACAACCAAAGCUCGUCAUUGGUCCCGUGGUAAGAAGAACCUAGGCGAAGGUCGGUCUCAUUUCGAAGCUAGACUUUACGAUAAUGGUCAGAUUAAGUUGUCUAGGCAAGAGGUCAGAGUUUCGUUGAAGAAGAAUAUGGAUUUACCUACAAAGAUCAAGAAGAAUCAUAGUCCACAACAGGCUGCAAGGGUUGUGGGUGCUGUCGAUAGGCAGUAG